GCCGCGUUUGGCGGUUUAGUUAGACUUAGAGUGCGGUUCGGGUUGGAUGUUUUGCGGUUUGCUGUGGUAUUUCGAUUCGUGAACGGAAAUGGCGCACCUCUGGAAUGCGCCGUGGUUGAUGUUGCUGUUGGCAGUUAUCACGGUAAACUCGAUGCACAUUCCCGAAGAUAUGGAGAUACUGGAAGGCUACGAUCUGGACUCGGCUGGAACGGAAAUCAAUCCUGAGGAUGAUUUCUACGAGCAGCGAAGUUUGCUGGAACCGUUUUACUACCGAGCGAUCCGCGACAAGCGGGAAAUUCCUUAUAGGGUUUUGGAGUCACCGGGGUUGCGAAGCCACUUCCGACAGUCAGUUGACGCUCAAGAGUUCCGCAACGAUCAGGAUCGUUCGGUGCACAAAAGGCAAAGACGAAGCACUGAGAACGAAGACGAUGCUGCAACGGAGGAGCCAAAACCAACCGAAGAGCUGCCAACACCGGCCAGGCAGAUGAUGAACGAACGCACCAUGGAAGUGUGGGCGAAAACUCCCUAUCAGGCGAAGAAACCGAUGAAGGAAGAGGAAAUGGAUUCCGAAGCGGAAGCUUCCAUGAUGAGCGAAGGCAUCAAAGCGAGAGCUCCUCGAGUAAACUUCAUCACGCAGAAGAAGUUCAAUUCCGGUCAAUCGGAAGCUCGCGAUGAGAAGGAUAAGGUCAUCCCGGAGUUGUAUCGCAAACCACUGGCAAGACUCUACUACGAAUAUCCAGCUGCACCAAGAGCUUACGAUUCGUACUCUUCCCACUCCCAGUCCCCAAUGUACCCAAAGAUCUACAACAAAUACGACGAAUACCAUCGGGACAUGAUGGAUCGGAUGCAUCCACCGGCUCCACACCGUUUCGAUAUGUACUACCAGCGGCGGUACGACAACGACUACGACACCUACUUCCCGCGAUACUCAUUCCCCAGCUAUUACUACUACCCUGACAAACGGUUCGACGUUCCAUCGUACUACCGUGAUCGGAACUAUCUCCUAACGAAUGACGUCAUGGAUCCGCCAGUGAUCCCGUCCAGAAACCGCCGCAUCAUCUACUACGCAACGCUACCGGAAGUAGUGCGAACCCCUCCGAAUGUUGACCUACGGUAUCGGAAUUACAACAAGUACCCUAACCGGUACGAUCCGUUCUACCCGACGAAGGCACCGUACAAAGCGUCCACUGAUCGGAACCCGAGUGCUGGUGGUGGUGGUGGUGGUGGUGGUGGUAGUGGUGGUGACAGAAAGGACGACAAGUACGUCAGCUCGACACCGAUCAAGAUCGUCCGGGACCUGGAAGCGCAGCAGGAGACACCCGGGUCAAGCAAUUCGGCCGGUAGACGGCAGUAUUCGGUGAACAUUGGCGGAGGAAGGAGCAACAACAACUACCAGGAAGGGGCGCGACACGAGCAGGAUCGGUCGUACUUUGGAAGGCAUCAUUGAGUGGGACGAGAAGUAGAUUAGAUUUGAUAAGCUGUAGAUUGUAGAUUUCUGUAGAUUAGCGGUAGUGUAGACGGUUGUGAGUUUGUAUGAUGAUCGAUAGUAAUAAAGAUGACUUCGUUUUCUACCUAAACAUAAA